AUGAGCGGUACUUUCGACAACGGUACUUUCAACUCCUUGAAGAAGGUUUCCGGUGCUUUCUACUUUGAAUCUGAUGGUGAUAUUUCCUGUAAGGAAUUCAAGGACGUUAAGGUCAGUGGUAAAGAAAAAACUACAUGUGCUACUAAGUCUUCUUCAUCCAAGAAGUCUUCUUCUACUUCUAAGUCGUCUUCUACUUCAGGCUCAAGCUCCGAUUCUAAUUCCGAUUCCAACUCUGGUUCUGGUUCUGGUUCUAGCUCUAGCUCUUCGUCUGAUUCUUCCUCCUCUUCCAACUCUGGUGCUGCCAACAUUGCUGCUAAGAUGGUUACCACUUUAGCUGGUCUUGCUUUAGUCGGUUUAACCGUUUUCUAA